AUGGAAGAACCAAAAGAUUACUGGUACGAGGAGUCGUCCGGGAUCGAUCGUUGCAAAGUUCCCUCCAUCGUGAACGACUUCAAUGCAAACUAUCCCAGCAUAGUGGACCGUUUCUACACCAAACUGUAUCACGUGCCAAGCAACAAUCCAGAAGAAUCGCUCCAAGUUCUAUUUCACUCCAAUAGAAUAUGCCUGAUUGGGCUCGCAAAAUCGCAUGUCGCAUUUCAGAAAGGCAUCCGGAGUGUAAGUUAUGAAGUGGGUAAAUGUGAUCGAAGCGUAAAUAAGGUCUCUGGGCGCAAAAAGAGCGGCGGCAUGAUACUGCAGGCCGAUUCCACUAUUGCGCUGGUAACGUGCCAGGACGAUACCGUUUACAAGAUCCGCUCUUGCGUGCAGGGAAAACUCGUCGAAGUGAACGAGCGGAUUACUGCUGAUCCAGAGCUAAUGAAGAUCGAGGGGGAAGGGUUCGUUGCUGUCGUGAUGCCCAAAAUCGAACACUGUGAGACGAUGAAAGCCAAGCUGUUAUCUUAUGAUGCUUAUCAAACUAUAAAGUUGAAGUAAUAUAAAAGAACAACCCUACCAUUCGUCCGUGUCAUCACACCAUUAGCAAAUUUCCGUUGUCAAUCAUUUUCACAAUUUUUAUUGGCUUUUUUGUUAUUACGAUCCGAUUCUGCACUCGGGCGAUUAUUCUGCCUGUACUUUUUCCCUUUCAUUUUCCCUUCUCUCAAUCAGUCUGGAACGGAUGCUCAUAUUACGUGAACAUUUAUUCGUUUACGUUUGAUUUCAUCUGCAACCGCUUGAACCACGUGUCUUAUCCGCUUGCUGGAACAAAAUCCAUGCCAUGUGUUUGCUGAAGAUCGGAGCAUUCACUAUCACAUUAGCAAACAGGGGCUAAGGAUCGAUCCGUUUUAGCGGCCUUCUUCUAUCGCUUAAUGAUGAGUUCAGCCAAAAUAAUCAGAGAAGCGUAGCAAAAUAUGAAAAUAACUGCACCAAAAUUAUUCGAAAGAGCUUAACGGCGAACAUAAGCAACGAGCAGCAGUGGUGAAACUGUAGAAAACUUAUCUGAUUCGUACUGGGAGGACUGCUGCAGACUAGAAAGAGAUUGAUUCGUGAUUCAAACUAAAAUAGGACCCACGGUACAGCCUAUUUGUAGUUCGCAUCCCAAUAGCAAAAUUCCAGCAAGGCCUAAAUCUUUGACGAUGGCGAGUGGUUAGCAAGGAUAAAAAUAAAUAUAACAUACUACUCUACAUUAA